AUGGCCACUAAAGUUUACAUUGUUUACUACUCGAUGUAUGGACACGUUGAGAGGCUGGCACAAGAGAUACAGAAAGGGGCUGCAUCUGUUGAAGGAGUCGAGGCAAAAUUGUGGCAGGUGCCCGAGACAUUGUCUGAAGACAUUCUUGGAAAGAUGAGUGCGGCUCCAAAGAGUGAGGUGCCAAUCAUUACCCCCAAUGAGCUUUCGGAGGCAGAUGGAUUUGUGUUUGGUUUCCCCACUAGAUUUGGAAUGAUGGCUGCUCAAUUUAAAGCAUUUCUGGAUUCAACCGGAGGUCAGUGGAGAACUCAGGCACUAGCAGGCAAGCCAGCAGGCCUCUUCUACAGCACUGGAUCUCAAGGAGGGGGCCAGGAGACUACUGCCUUGACGGCCAUCACUCAGCUUGUUCACCACGGUAUGAUUUUUGUGCCUAUUGGCUACACAUUUGGAGCUGGCAUGUUUGAGAUGGAGAAGAUUAAGGGUGGAUCUCCCUAUGGUUCUGGAACUUAUGCUGGAGAUGGCUCGAGACAGCCUACUGAGCUUGAACUGGAACAAGCUUUUCACCAGGGGAAGUACAUUGCUGGCAUUGCAAAGAAGCUCAAGGGAACUGCUUGAAUUUGCACACUCACCAUAUCUCCAAUAAUGGAAUUCUACAAUAGCAAUUGUUUUGUUUCCUUACUGUUCCUAGUUUCAGUCAAAAUAUGCACUUGUGCUUAUUAAAAUAAAUGUCUUUAUUUCGCCUUCUUAGUGCGUCUCAAUAUACAUAGUGUUCGCUUUCAAUGAAAAAAAUUUCUUACAUUUUUGUUUCGAGUUAUUGCCAACUUCAAAUUCCCUUUGUAUUCUACAAAUGAGCAACCAAG